GAACAUUAGACAUUUUGGGAAAGGAACGCACGCGACCCAAACAAGCAAAAAACUAAAGACAGAAAAGCAAGGGACAAAAGAAAAGGAUGAACUCACAGCACUCCGUCAGAUCACAUUCAACCACUCAUGCACCGGAAGUGAGAGAGAGAGAUAGAGAGAGAGAGAGAGAGAGACGACCAAGACACCACACCGUCACCUUCAUAUAGUUUAAAGCCUCUCAGUGCAGCACUUCGUUUUAAACGACAGUCGUAUGAAAACCCAUAGACACAGAAGGAAAGCGUUGUCAUGAAAUUCUUCGCGCUAGCAUCCGCUGAGCUCGAGGACGUCACGCGGUCAUGAGACGCGCGUGUCGGGCUGAUGCCGAGCGCUGUCCGCGGUGCUGAAAUCAAGCGCGUUCACUCCAGACAGCGACAUUUAUCGACGUGGAUGCGAGUCGUGUAGAUGAGAUUUCACGUCCAGCCUCCGUGGGAAGGAUGAGGGGAUUCUUCAUGCCCACGCCGCUGCUCGUAUUGAGCUGCUUUGGAGCGUCGUGGGUCGUCGCUGACAGCUUGGUAGCUCCAGUGAACGUGUCGAUCAGAGAUCUGAAGUCCAGCUAUGCUCUUCUCACAUGGGACACGCCAGACGGGGAGUCAGUCAUUGGAUUUGCCAUCACACAGCAGAAAAAAGACAUGCACAUGCUGCGGUUCAUCCAGGAAGUGAACACCACUAUGAGGAGCUGUGCAUUGUGGGAUUUGGAGGCAGACACAGACUACAUUGUGCACGUUCAAUCCAUCAGCGUAAGCGGACCGAGUCCUGUCAGUGAACCGCUGCAGUUCAGAUCCCCGAGAGAAGCAAAAACACAAGGAUCCGAAAGCAAAGAUGAAGUUACCAUGGAAGAGGUAGAACAGAAUGCUCAGCUGAGGGCAGUAGAGCUCAUCAUCAUCGUGGUGGUUCUGAUCAUGUGGGCCGGUGUGAUUGUUCUCUUCUGCCGUCAGUAUGACAUCAUCAAAGACAACGAACCGAAUAAUAAUAAGGAUAAAGCCAAGAACUCAUCGGAGUGCAGUACCCCAGAGCAUCCAUCAGGUGGACUGCUGCGGAGCAAAGUAUAACAGCCGAUUCACACACUCCGUAUGCAGUGCGUAUGCGGUGCGUAUUUUUUCACGUGCCGAUGUUAAGUGAUUAGAUCAAUCACACACCACCCGAAUGCCGUGCGGCCCAUCCGCUGCCUAUGCGGUGCGGUACAUCAGUGCAGCGAUCGUUUAUCUAUCGAGUCUAUUUUUGCUGUACAGCAUGGACUGUUUUAAAGUGAUAGCACACAUACUGUUUCAUGCUCAAAAUGAACACGAGUUGACACAGAAAUGCAGUAAUUUCACCAUAAAUGCAUACAACCAGCAUUGAGAAGACAAUUGUAUUCUUUGCAUCCAAACUCUUCAAUAUACUGGUAUAUUUAACUUAUCAUUUUAUUCGUAUAUGCUGCGAUGUAAAGAAGCUUUAUUUACCAAUGGCUACUCGCAGAGUGAACUCUUCAAAGUGACACGGUAUAGCUAAGAGCGCUCCAGACCAACCUUCUGUACCUAUGACUUAAAGAAGGUAUACUUAAAUAAGAACGUUUCAGGGAACACAUAUUAACGAUAAGGUACAGCUUAAGCGAUAAUGAACGAUGUAACGUUAAGAAGGUGUUGUAGAGUGACAAUGAAGUGUCAGUUGUUGUGAUGACCUGUAGAGGGCAGGCAAAUGCUGUGGGUGUUUGCUUAUAAAGCAGCAGAGAAGAACUGAGCAUGUGUGUUUGUGCAAAUUGACUCCACCUGAGAUGCGAUUGAGUGUAAUGCUUGUGACGCAUUCUGUUGAGUAAAUGCAAUUGCAGGGUUGGAAAAAAUAACAGGAAGUUAUUGUUGUUGCACAAACCCCUCUUACUUCUCAAAAGGCACCAUUGCUCUUCUAAAGAUCACAGGGGUGCUGAGGUAGUGAUCAACCACUAUUGCCUGAGAUUUUUUUUAUGUGGGUCCAGUGGGGGGUUAAAGGUGGCCCUCACAUGGUCAAGGAACGUGUAAAAAGGAAAUGUAAGAUAAACUCAUUUUUCUUUUCUUCGCACUAGAAGCUCCUCUCUGGGAGCUGUGGCUCUUCUUCAUUCUCUUCCUCUCUUUUCUUUUCUUUCAUCUCACGUCAUAUCACAUAUAUUUGGAAACUGUUUGUUGUAUUAUUUAUAUUUUAAUGAAUUUACUUUGUAACCAUUUUACGUGUAACAUUAAUUUAAGUCUGUUAUUAAAUACUUUCAUUUGCAAA